UGUUUUUCAUGGACAAUCAUCUAAAAAUGAGAAAAUUGUGGGUUUUACAGUCAUUUGAAUUGACUAUAAUAAUUCGAAAUUUUCGAGUCAUAUUGAAAAUUUUAUGAGUAAUCCAAAAAUGUAAUAAUGCGUUGAUCGGCACUUUGAAAUAUCUAGGAACAUAAAAAAUCUUAAAAAUAACUAAAUAAUAACUCAUUUAAUAGUGUAGCUGGCUGCAGAAAAAAAUAUUUUGAUCUACUCUAUUUACUAAUAAGAAUAUAAAAAUUUUGCAGCACCGCCCGGAGGAUGCUUUACAAGUGAACGAAAUAUCGGAGCUAUGGAAAAAGGUGAACAGAGAAGACUAGUAGGUGAAUGCACCGUUGCAGACUGCGAUGGCGGUGAAUACAUAUCAUUUAUGGGUUGUGGUUUAGUUUCUAUCACGUGCAGAAACGGUAAGCCUGCCAAAAAAUUAUCGGGUGAUCUACUGUUGGAGUAUCCAAGAUGUUGCCCAGAAUUACUGUGCCCGGAAUAUGUUUAAUGAAGAAAUAAUGCAAGAAAAAUGCAAAUAAAGUUACGGAAAUGUUUAUGCCAUUUUAAC